UAUAAGUAGCAUUGUAUCUUCUCAUAUCUUCAAUUCAAAUUCUUCACAAACCCCAUCUCUGUAGUCUCAAGGUCUCACCUUUAUCUUCCAAACCUGUAUGCAGAUUGGCAUUUUCUGUAUUACCACUUCAUUAGUACGGGGGAUAUGGGUGAGUCAGCAAUGAUCACGGCAGUUCACGGCGGCGGAGGUGGUGGUGGGUCAUGUGGUUUGCUGCUUCACAUCCUCCGAGGCAGAUGGUUCUCUGUUUUCGCUUCCUUUCUUAUCAUGGCAGGGGCUGGUGCUACAUACCUGUUCGGAAUCUAUUCCAAGGAAAUCAAAGCCACUCUAGGGUAUGAUCAAACUACACUCAAUUUGCUCGGUUUCUUCAAGGACUUGGGUGCGAAUGUUGGUGUCCUAUCUGGGCUUCUAGCCGAAGUGACACCCACAUGGUUUGUGCUUCUUGUCGGCUCUGCCAUGAACUUUGCAGGUUACUUCAUGAUUUGGCUAGCAGUGGCAGGCAAAAUUGCGAAACCUAAACUGUGGCACAUGUGUGUUUACAUCUGCAUUGGUGCCAAUUCGCAGAAUUUCGCCAAUACAGGUGCGCUUGUAACUUGUGUGAAGAAUUUCCCUGAAAGUAGAGGUGUUAUGUUGGGUCUGUUGAAGGGUUUUGUUGGGCUUAGUGGUGCUGUGAUGACACAACUUUAUUUGGCCAUCUAUGGACACGAUUCAAAGUCUCUGAUUCUUCUCAUUGCUUGGCUUCCGGCGGCGUUGUCUGUGGUGUUUGUGUACACUGUUAGAACUAUGAAGGUUGAGAGGCAACCUAAUGAGCUUAAUGUGUUCUAUCAAUUCCUCUAUGUGUCGAUUAUUCUUGCUUUGUUUCUGAUGGCUAUGACUAUAGCACAAAAACAGGUAGUUUUUCCUCAUUGGGCUUAUGAUGCAAGUGCAACUAUUUGUUGUUUUCUGCUGUUUGUUCCCCUCUUUAUUGCCAUUAGAGAAGAAUUAGUCCUCUGGGAUCUCAAGAAACAGCCUCCAAGUGAAUUAAAAAUUGAGAAACCAGUAGAAGUUGAAUUGAAAGAGAAGGAGAUUACAAACCCAGAACCGGAAGAGAAAAAUCGCUCGGUGUCUUGUUGGACGAGCAUAUGUAACAAGCCAACAAGGGGUGAUGACUACACGAUCUUGCAAGCACUGUUAAGCCUGGACAUGAUUAUUCUCUUUGUGGCAACAUUAUUCGGACUCGGUUCGAGCUUGACUGCUGUGGACAAUCUGGGCCAAAUUGGUGAAUCAUUGGGGUAUCCACAGAGAACCGUAAGCUCAUUUGUGUCACUAGUGAGUAUAUACAAUUACUUUGGGAGAGUAUUUGCUGGGUUUGUCUCUGAAAGCUUGCUUGUGAAGUACAAAAUGCCGAGGACAUUGAUGAUGACAAUUGUUCUCCUUUUAUCUUCAUUUGGUUACCUCAUCAUCGCAUUCCCUUUCCCGGGUUCGCUCUACAUUGCAUCAAUCAUCAUUGGUUUCGCAUUUGGUGCACAAUUGAUAUUGCUUUUCGCAAUCAUUUCCGAGCUGUUCGGGCUCAAGUACUACUCCACAUUGUUCAAUUGUGGACAGUUGGCUAGUCCUAUUGGGUCUUACAUACUUAAUGUGAAGAUCACAGGGAUGCUUUACGAUCGGCAGGCAUUGGAUGAGCUUGCAAAGAAGGGUUUGACAAGGUCGGCUGUUAAAGAGUUGGUUUGCAUAGGAACUCAGUGUUAUAGGAAUUCAUUUGCAAUUCUGGCUGGCGGUACAUUUUUCGGUGCUUUAAUCUCGCUAGUUCUGGUGAUGAGGACAAGAAAAUUUUACGGAAGUGACAUUUACAAGAAGUUUAGAGAGAGUGUUGAUGCCGAUGAAAGGAAUUAGGCUACGAUUAGGUGGGCGCGAGAGGAACAGAUUUGGUUAUGGAAAUAACUAGCAAGGUGGGUAGUAUUGUGUAAUCGCCUGCUGUUCUUGCAAUAAACAUUUUCAAGAUCGGAGACAAAAUAAGGUCAAUUACUACUUUAAUUUGGUUCAUCUAACUUCUGACUUGAUUUGCAUAUAUGUUCAUGUUUGGUUUGAAUAAUACAAAAGUAGGCUGCUUCAUCACUUCACUUGUCUUCUACUGUCCACAUUACAAGCAAAUGAUAAUCUGUCCAUCAUUUCCCAAACUGAUAGCUUUGAA